AUGUCUGCGCGCCUCACAGGCAUCGUUACUUGUAUUAUCAGCGCACUGGGCUUGAUGACUGCUGUGUCAUGCAAUACGUUAUUUAUUGUAGCCUUUGGGCGGACACGAGAACUUCGUACGUACGCGAACUUAUUCCUUGUUAGCCUAUCAUGUACUGACUUACUUGUAGGCUCCAUUGUGGAACCACUGUACAUAACGCGGCAAUCUCUGGCGCUAUCGGGAAAAGAUGACUGUGGUGUUUGGAUCGCUUAUUUGACAAUGGCUCUGUUCUGUACGGGUGCGUCAUUUCUGAACUUAACCUUAAUAAGCUGUGAGCGCUAUGUCGCGAUAUUUUCUCCGUUAAACUACGUGAGGCUGGUAACAAAAUCUCGGGUGUUGAGUAUAAUCGGUGGAGUGUGGCUAGCGUGGGUGACACUGACUUGCGUGCGUUUUGCUGGAAUACCAAACCGUAUUGUAUACCUGAUUUGUUUCGCUGUCAUUGGCUCAUGUUAUGCUAUUACGGCUUUUGUCUACUUCUUUAUUUUCCGAGAAGCCAGAAGGCAUCAUCGACGGAUCGUUAGCGAACAACGACACUAUGAUCCUCUUGCACCCAGUGUAGCUCGCGAAACUAAACUGGCCAAAACAAUGGCGUUUAUAUUUGGUGCGUUGCUAGUUUGUUACACACCGGGAAUGAUAAUUUUACUUAUCCGCACAAUCAAAGGCGAUUCGUCUCAAUUGUUGUACAAUUACUACCCAUGGGCAGAAAACUUGAUUUUUUUGAACAGUGCUUUGAACCCAAUGAUUUACUGCUGGCGUAAUCGGGAAAUACGCCGAGCAGUUUUCCGAGUUAUUAACCCGGUGAUAAGUCAGAUGUUCAAUCGCCAUUUCGCCUCCUCGAUUAAGGUAGGGUAUGUCAAAGAAGCAAGGUCUAGGACUCCGAAAACUGAAUACGGUAUCUUUGUUUCUGGUAGAAGAGUGCAAACAUCUCAUGUAACAAGAGACGUCGAGAUACAAUCAGUUUGCUCGAGGGAGUAACAAGUGGAUCAUUUCUCGAUCGCAGGCGUGUGGCAAAAAAUUUUUGUUUUGUUCCUGUUAAGGCAAGAUCCUUAUCACAUCAAGCGCUAAUGACUCCAAUUCACCGACGUCUCUUCGAAACUUCAACACUCAAUGAAGGCGCUUCAUCACAAAAGAUAACUCAUCUUUUAAUAUU